AUGUCCGUAACAGUUGGUUGUGAUACAGUAUUGACAGUGGAUACAAAGCUUCCGCCUUCUUGCAAUUUUCUCGUCUCAGAGAGUUUCAAGAUCGCUAUUGAAGUCUACAACCGGUGGAGAAUCUCUCUUAAACGCCUGUUAAACAAACAAAUAAACAAAAGUAGAGAAGCUGAACCUGCAAGGAAUAAUCAGACUAGAAAUGUCAAGGGAAAACUCCAAGGAUUAACUAGGGCUGUCAAUUGGUUGGGUGCCCAUGGGUGUGACCCAGUCCAGACUGUGUUGGGUGGGUGUUGGCUUAAGUUCGACAAAUACUGGGAUGAGUACAGCGACAUCCUUGCAAUUGCUGCAGUCUUGGAUCCAAGACUGAAAUUUGAGAUUUUAGAAUAUUGUUUCUCAGUUUUGGAUCAGUCUACUUGUAAGAGAAGGUUGGCUAAUGUUCGUUCAAAGAUCUAUAAGUUGUUUGGAGCUUACAAGAAAAACAAGAGAAACAGUAGUGCUGCAACAACUUCACAAGGAGAAACACACGAUGUUCCAGCCGGUUAUGGGGGAUUCUACGCCUUCUUUUCUCAGAAAGCUGUUGGCAGUGGCAAGUCUGCUCUCGACAUAUAUCUGGAUGAGCCAUUGCUUGACUACGCCGCUCACAAGAAACUAAAUGUGUUACAUUACUGGAGAGACAAUUCGGCUCGGUUCAGAGAGUUAGCAACAAUGGCACGAGAGGUGUUGAGUAUACCCAUAACAACUGUGGCUUCAGAAUCUUCAUUUAGCAUAGGUAGUAGAGUGCUCAACAAGUAUAGGAAUUUUCUUCUACCCACUAAUGUCCAAGCCUUGGUCUGUACUAGAAACUGGUUAAAAGGGUUUCCAGCAAUGGGUGAUGAGAAGACAGAAGAGGAGAAAGAGGAAGAAGAGAAAGAGAAGGAAAAAGAGGAAGAGAGUGGAGAGUCCACAGACUUGACUAGAGAUAGUGGAGAGAAGGCAUAGCGGAAUAACAACUGAGAUGAUGGAUGGAAGUUGCAACAACCGUUAGAGAUAUUCAGGUUCAUGAGCUCCAUUUUUAACUUUUGUUUACAUACAAGUUAUGAGGCUUGAGUUGAAGACUUGCUUCAGGCUGAGGACAAGUAGAGAAGCUGGAAGCUGAGAAGAAGUGAAUCAAUAAAUCAGAGAUUUAUAUUUCUUUUUUUACAUAAAACAGAGCUAUCAAAACCUUAAAAUUGUAUCCACAUUUUUUUUACAUCAUAUUUGUAUUAGAGGUGAACAAAUACAAAUUAAACAUUCAGCAGAUUUGAGAGAUAAUUUUUUUUACAUUAAA